CUCGGCUCUUGGUCGCCAGCAUCCCAACCGACACGGCGGAGCCUGUGCCGCCGACAAUCUCUCGGCACACCGAGCCAGCGUAUCCCGAAUCGGCAGCCCUGUUCCUCGCCCAGGCCGCAAUGGCAACCAAAGAUACCAGAGGCACUCCUCCGUCCGAGCGCCAUCCUCUCAAAAAGCCUGCAUCCAGAACCGCUCCAAAGAAGGACCGCGAUGCCGCCCACAAUGUCGGUCUGGAAAGAAUCAUGGGCCUGACGUCCGUUCACUCGGCUUCGAUCGACGUCCACCCUUCUCCCGAUCAGCAUACCGUUGCCUACGCUGCUGGAGGAGCCGUCGUGCUCUACAACUACCGAAAGAACAAGCAAGUCGGAUAUUUGAUCUCCGCGGCCACAUCUGGAGUCCCAGGCGUCGCUGGGAAUGCGGCUGUAUCUCUGUCUCGUGCCAGAAGCGCUGGCGAGGGAAUUCGGGCAGUCAGCUGCCUUGCAUGGAGCCCCGAAGGCGAUUUGCUCGCCGUGGGAGAGAGCGGCCAUAACCCCAAAAUCAUCAUCUGGGAUGCCAACAAAACUACCGUGGUUACCGAGCUUGUCGGACACAAAUUUGGCGUUCAGGCAUUGUAUUUUUCACCCAACAUGAAAUACCUGGUUUCCAUCGGCCACACGCACGAUGCGUUGCUCAACGUCUGGGAUUGGAAAUCUGGUAGUCGGCUCUUUUCCAAACGACUAUCUGUCCGAGUCAAUGCACUGGCCUUCGACAGCGCCGGUGCAUUCUUCGUCACUGUUGGAGAGCGCCAUGCCCAUUUCUGGAACAUCGAAGCGGAUGAGUCCCGGAUCAGCAAGAGCUCCUCAUUUUCGUUGAUACCCCAAGCUGGCGCUUUGGGAGAACACUCCGAUAGCACUUUUGUAGCCGUUGCAUGUCGGCGCUCCUCAGACGGCGUUCCUUUCACAUACUGCAUCACCGAGUCUGGCAAUGUGGUUAUGUUUCAAGAUCGGCUGCUCGACAAAUGGGUCGAGCUCAAGAGCGGCGUGGCCGUUUGCAUCGAUGUAUCAGACAAGUACAUCCUGUGCGGCUGCACCAAUGGACUGCUCCGGCUGUUUGAGCCUACGACCCUCCAGUUUUUGGGGAAUCUGAGUCGACCGCACUCCGCCACCAAAUAUACCGCAUACGACGGCAGCGCCUCGUCAGCAUCCAGGCCAACAGCUAAGCCUGGGUAUCCGGAUGUCGUCGCGGCCAAGCUCGAUGCAGCAAACACAAAAGUUGUUGCCAUCUACAACGACCGUAGCCUCUAUGUUUGGGACAUCAGUGACAUCCGCAACCCUCUCAAAUAUCGCGCACUCUUGAGCCACAGUGACUGCGUGUGGGGUGUUGAGGUGGUGCCGUCGUCUGGCACGAGUGAGCUUCCUGCUCCACUUGAUGCCGCCACGCCGCAGUCAAAUGUUUUUGUGGCUCCAUCGCCACCAUCUUUGGAUCAAACCAGCCUUCCGCCAAACUCGUUUGCGACUUAUUCCUCCGACGGUACGGUUCGGUUCUGGAAUGUUGACUACACACACGCCGUUGGUCCCGGCUCUGCAGGCACAUCAAGCGACUCUGAGCCAGCCAAGCGGCAGUUCUCAAACGGGCUGGUCAGAACAGUUUACGCCAAUAGAGAGGCGCCCACCGUUGCGGACGAAAAAGUUGGAAUUCGAACGCUGAAGAUCACUCCUGAUGGUGCCUUCAUGGCAACGGGCGAUCAGUCAGGCACUCUGCGGGUAUACGAUAUGAAAACCUUUGACGAAAUUGGCUCGCUGCGCGCUCAUGAAGCCGAGAUCUUGACCAUCGAUGCGUGCCAAGGCUCAGAGAGGGCCAGUUUCCUGGCCACAGGCAGUCGCGAUCGGCUCAUCCAUAUUUUUGACAUGAGCAACUCCUUCAACCUCAUCCAAACGCUCGAUGACCACUCUUCGACGGUGAUGGCCAUCCGAUUCUCAACUGACGGAAGCCAGCUCGUUACCUGCGCGGCCGACAAAUCCCUCAAAUUUCGAAGGCUCGCGGUUGAGGAUGGCGCCGCUCGCUAUGACCUUUAUCACAAUGCCGCUGGUCGGUCCACUACUUACGACAUCGAUAUUGAGGCGACUCAGCAGUAUCUGACUUCGGUCUCGCAAGACCGCCGAUUGAACAUAUACGCUCUGAAGAGCGGAAAGGUUGAGCAGUCCUACAAGCCCGAUCCCGUGUCUGACCCGUCGUUCGACUUUUCUUCAACUGGCGGAUUCAUCAAGGUUGCUGUCGAUCCAAGCGGCCUCUACGCUGUUACAAGCGGAAGCGACAAGUGCAUCCGGGUCUUUGACUUGUACUCUGGAGCGUGCAUCGCUCGCAUGGCGGGACACUCGGAGAUCAUCACCGGCGUGUGCUUUACUCGCGACUGUUCCCGCAUCAUCUCCACGAGCGGUGACGGCUGUAUCUUUGUUUGGAGGAUCUCGGCCAAGCUCGCCACUCUGAUGCGCAAGAGGCAACGGGAGCUCACCGCCGAGGCCCCCAAGGCCACAAGCCACGCGGCCGCUGACGGGCCUGCAAGCGCACUCGAGUCAUCACCUCGCGCAGACCCGACUCUCCCCCCUGCCGUGAACACCCGCUACGCCGGAGAGCCCCUCUAUCCGUUGAGAGACGAGCCCGCUGAGGCAGAAACCCCGAGCCCAUUCAUGUUUCCGUACAGCGAAACGGGGCUUCCAUCGUGGGCGCGCUCGGCCAAGGGCGACGAGUCCGAGCCGAGUGACGUAGACGCACCAAACAAACUUCGAAUUCCCAACGUACCUGCUCGUGGUCGGUGGGCUCAGCGAAUUGAUGCUCAAGGAGUUCCGCUGUUCUCGGAGAGGUCCGAUAUCGCCAAUCCGGUUGCACGCUUGAAUGACUAUCUGGAUCGGCGCUACACGAUCGAAGUCUCUGGUCGCUUUGACGGAGGCCAAGCACCCGGAGAUGCCACACCUGCCAAGCCGAUCGCCCAUCUUGUUGCUGACGACGGCACGACCGUGGAGGAUCUCGGUGAUGCCGAAGCGUCGUCAACUGAAGCCAUGGAGGUUGAUCCUUCUGAAGGCAUCCUGGCACGGCACGGUUCAGACGAGGAGAUUGAAGAUCUUACCGCACUAGCAGAGCUGAAUCCUGGCAAUCGGGCCGACUCAGGGCCAGCCGAAGAGGCACCCAUGACCAUCGGGGUGCCAACCAAGGACCUGCUGGUCAAUCAACUGACCAAUCUGUCGAUUCGAGCCGAUGUGGGAUCGGACGCCCUCUUCAACCCAACUGAGAAUGCCGAGAGCGACUCAGAAUCGAGCGAUACCCAGUACGGAACCUUUGAGAAGCUCCAGCUCAACAACAUGACCUUCGAUGAGUACAUGUCCCUGCCGAUGGAGAUCGAUCCAACCAAACUACAAGGCCGACAAAGCAUCUCGGCAAAGCACUUGACCUCAACGGCGCCACACAGUCCCAGCCGGAAGGCCCUGGCCGAGUUCCCGUCAAGCGCGGAUGUUGAUCAAACGCCAAAACCCAGUCAUGUGCGGGUCAGCCCGCUUCCCGAGCCAGUCCUGGGAUCCAGUCAAGCAUCGGUCCCGGCGCCUCCGGUCAGGGACGAUACCACUCUCAAGAUCGAGAUGCUUAAGGAAAAGCUGGUUUCCAUGGGCGUUAGAUGGAACCGAGACGAGCCUGCGCCGCCUCAGCCAGCCGCGACGACGGCCGUGCCAGCGACUUUGGCUGGCCCUGAUGCAUCAACUUCCGCUGCACCAGCAAUACAGCCAUCCUCCAGUCCUCCAGUCGGUCAAAGCGCGGUUCUCCCUGAUACAAGUGACUCUGGUCCGGAAAUGGAGCCAGCUCGCGCCAUAUUGUACGAUCUCGACUCCAUUUCGGCGCUGUUGGAAAAAGUUUCCUCGUCUAUUUGUCAGUUGCAAGAUUUGCCUCAAGAAAAGCUCGAUCCCAGCUCAAGUAGGGCCCAGGUUGUGCACAAGCUCGAGCAAAUCCAGGCGCGCACGCAAUCCAUGGCAAGCGGUCUGAAGGCGGGCUCUGUCGAUGGUGCCCAAGGUAUUGCCCUUGUCCCGCCGGCGACCGGCGAGCUUGCUUCGAUCACCCUCGAGGCUUACUCGGAGCUGCUUGUCGAUAUGGUCAGGCGCAAACUUGGGGGCUGAGGGCACCAGCGCGAGCCCUUCAUAUCGAGUGGGUGCAUAUUCACUCCCAUCGGAAAGGAUAAAGCGCAUAAUCAACAGCGAAAUAGGAUGGACUU